CUAUAUUAAUUACUUGGCAACAACCCUUGGUCUGUUACUGGUGAGUGAGUGACUGGGGAGCCCUUCGUAGCCCAGCACUAUUUCUUCUCCCCUCCUCACACAUCUUCUCCCCUCACCACUCCACUCCAUACAUCCCCUCCCUCUCUCACACACACUCUCUCGUCACUGCCACUAGCAAAGCUAGCUUCCAGCUCGUACUAGAACGAGCACUGCCACUUGCUCGUUUCAAGAAGCUGCCCGGUGCCAAUUAAGUACGACGUGGCACGGUAUCUCUCUAGUAUCCGGGAUGGCGUCGGAGUGGGAAAUGGCCAUGGGAGUGGAGCUCGGCAUGGGAAUGAGCACGUACCACCACCACAACUCCUCGAGCAUCACCACAGCGCCGAUGAGCAGCCACCACAGCGGUGGCGGCAGCUUCUCCACUGCGCACCAUUACUACGGGAUGCCGCCGAUGGGCGACGCCAUGCGCGUCGACGACCUUCUCGACCUCUCCAACGCCGGCGCGCACGAGUUCUUCCCCACCGCCGCGGCGGCGGCUGCUACUGACAACGGGCACCACUCUGGGGCCAUGGGCGAACCGUCACCCACCGCCAACUCGUCGGAUCACCAGACGUCGCUCCUCUCCUUUGCCGACGAGUUCUACAUACCUAGCGAGGAAGCUGCGGAGCUGGAGUGGCUAUCCAAGUUUGUGGACGACUCCUACUCCGACAUGCCGAAUUACUCGUCGGCGGCGCAUGCCGCAAUGGCGGCGGCGGCUGCUAACGCGGCAGGCAACGGUGGUGGAAACUCGGCUGGUCAAGACAGCUGCGUCACAGCGGCGCCCGGCCGCGGCGCACGUAGCAGGCGGUCCCGUGCGACCGCUGCGGCUGCUGCGGCAUGGCACUCCCUCGUGCCGCGCCCACCAUCGCAGUCGUCGCCGUCAUCUUCCUGCUCGUCGUCGGAUUUCCCGUCGUCGAAGCCAGCACGGCCGAACGGCAGCCGUGGCAAGAAGAACCCGGUGCCCGGCGGGGCCGCGGGGGAGGUGGGCGUGGAGGCCGGCGUGCGUCGGUGCACGCACUGCGCGUCAGAGAAGACGCCGCAGUGGCGGACGGGCCCCCUGGGGCCCAAGACCCUGUGCAACGCGUGCGGCGUGCGGUUCAAGUCCGGGCGGCUGAUGCCGGAGUACCGGCCGGCGGCCAGCCCCACAUUCGUGCUGACGCAGCACUCCAACUCCCACCGCAAGGUCAUGGAGCUGCGCCGCCAGAAGGAGGUCAUCCUCAUCCGCGGCAGCCACCGUGACGCUGCAGCGGCCGCGGCUGCCUCGGCGGCGGCAGGAUCUGCCGGUCCGAGGCCGGAGCUCAUGUUCCGUGACUACGGCGUGUGUUAGCUAGCCGGAGCUGGUCAUGCAUUGCAUGGAGCUUAGAUCCUUUUGCAAAAUUCUCUCGUUUCUUCUUUUCUUUUUCCCUCCGAUCGCCUACGUAUUUCAGAUAUUUUCAUUUCUCUUUUGUUAAUUAUUAAACUGUUUGGUACCUACCUCUAUGAUUCUAAGUUCUAUGAGAGAUCAAUUAAUUCUGUUGGCAUAA